GAGUUGCCUUGGUCAUGGUGUCUGUUCACAGCAGUAAAACCCUAAGACACUGACUGAAGGCUUCCUGGGAGAGAAAGGACUGGGUAGCCACUGACGGCUCUCUGCAAUCUGUGGAUACAGAUCUUUGGACUGGAAUCCACCUAGACGGACAAGGCAUGAUACAGGUCCUGAUUGGAUGUCCUGUGUGAGUCUGCCCUUCCCAUGACUAUACGCCUGUCAGUUUCAGGACUCAGGAUGCUCCUGCUGCAAGCGCUCCUGUUCCUCUUAAUCCUGCCCAGUCAUGAAGGGAUUACUGCGACCGAAGGGCCAGGAGCUUUGGUCCCUCCACCCAAGGAAACUUGUGCAGGUUGGAUGGCAGGCAUCCCAGGAUAUCCUGGUCACAAUGGGAUACCGGGCCGUGAUGGCAGAGAUGGCACUCCUGGAGAGAAGGGAGAGAAGGGAGACGCAGGUGUUCUUGGUCCUAAGGGUGAGCCAGGAGACGCUGGAAUGACAGGAGCGGAAGGGCCACGGGGCUUUCCCGGAACCCCUGGCAGGAAAGGAGAGCCCGGAGAAGCCGCUUACAUGUAUCACUCAGCAUUCAGCGUAGGGCUGGAGACCCGCGUCACGGUCCCCAAUGUUCCCAUUCGCUUUACUAAGAUCUUCUACAACCAACAGAAUCAUUAUGACGGCAGCACUGGCAAAUUCCACUGCAACAUUCCGGGGCUCUACUACUUUUCCUACCACAUCACGGUGUACAUGAAGGAUGUGAAAGUGAGCCUCUUUAAGAAGGACAAGGCCGUUCUCUUCACCUACGACCAGUAUCAGGAAAAGAAUGUGGACCAGGCCUCUGGCUCCAUGCUCCUCCAUCUGGAGGUGGGAGACCAAGUCUGGCUCCAAGUGUAUGGGGAAGGGGACAACAAUGGACUCUAUGCAGAUAAUGUCAAUGACUCUACAUUUACAGGCUUCCUUCUCUACCAUGAUACCAACUGACUGCCACUAACUCAGAGCAGCCCGUAGCCUAUACGACCCGAGAAUCAAACAACAGGCGACAGGCUUUCAGCUUAGUUUGAGAGGUUGACUGUCUUGCUUGCUUUGAGGGUUCUGAGCGUUAUCCCCAUGAGUACUCAUUUGUUCAUUAAAUGACUUUCUAAAAA